AUGGCCGGAACUGGUAAAGGGCGCGCUAUAGGGAUCGAUUUGGGGACGACAUACUCGUGUGUGGCAGCGUGGCAGCACGAUCGCAUUGAGAUUAUACCGAACGAUCAGGGCAACCGCACCACGCCAUCUCAAGUCGCAUUCACCGCCACCGAUCGCCUCAUCGGUGACGCCGCCAAGAAUCAAGUCGCCAAUAAUCCCAUCAACACUGUUUUCGAUGCGAAGAGAUUGAUUGGUUGCAAAUUUAGUGAUGCAACGGUUCAAAGAGACAUUACAUAUUGGCCGUUCAAGGUCAUUCCGGGGGCUGGCGACAAACCUAAGUUCGCGGUAACCUACAAAGGGAAGCAGAAACAAUUUUUAGCUGAGGAGAUUUCUUCGAUGGUGCUAUCUAAGAUGAAAGAAACCGCGGAGGCAUAUCUCGGAUCAGCUGUCAAGGAUGCUGUCGUGACUGUGCCGGCUUAUUUCAACGACUCUCAACGUCAGGCCACCAAGGCCGCUGGAGCCAUUGCCGGCCUUAACGUUGUUCGGAUCAUCAAUGAGCCUACUGCUGCAGCCAUCGCUUAUGGUCUGGAUAAAAGAGCUUCUACCACUAUGGCAAAGAAUGUGCUCAUUUUCGACCUUGGUGGUGGGACGUUUGAUGUGUCCGUGGUCACGAUUAAGGGUGAUGUCGUUGAAGUGAGAGCUAUUGCCGGUGAUACUCAUCUUGGAGGCCAGGACAUGGAUAACAGGAUGGUGGAAUACUUUAUCAAAGAGUUCGAAAGAAAGAAGGGGAAGAAUAUUAGUGGGAAUGCAAGAGCUAUUAGGAGAUUGAGGAGUGCUUGUGAAAGAGCCAAGAGGGUCCUUUCUUCUUCCAUCGAAACCCCAAUUGAGAUUGAAUCAUUGUUUGAAGGGAAUGAUUUGUUUUCGACUAUCACUCGUGCUAAAUUCGAAGACCUUAAUAUGGAUUUAUUCAAAAAGUGUAAGGAGCUGGUUGAAAAUUGCCUAAGUGAUGCAAAGAUGCAGAAGAGCAGUGUGGAUGAGGUUGUGCUUGUUGGCGGGUCGAGUAGAAUUCCCAAGAUGCAGCAGAUGUUGCAGGAGUUAUUCAGUGGGAAAGAGUUGUGCAAAAACAUUAAUCCAGACGAAGCCGUAGCAUAUGGUGCUGCAGUGCUGGCUGCCAAGUUGAGUGGUCAAGGCAACGAGGCGGUGCAAACGCUCGUUCUUGUCGAUGUUACUCCUUUAAACGGGGAUGGACGGGCAAUUGGGAUCGAUUUGGGGACGACGUAUUCGUGUGUGGCGGCGUGGCAGCAUGACCGCAUUGAGAUUAUACCAAACGAUCAGGGCAACCGCACCACGCCGUCUCAAGUUGCUUUCACCGCCGCCGAACGUCUCAUCGGCGACGCCGCUAAGAAUCAAGUCGCCGAAAAUCCCAUCAACACUGUUUUCGAUGCAAAGAGGUUGAUCGGUCGCAAAUACAGUGACUCAACGGUGCAGAAAGACAUGAUAUUUUGGCCAUUCAAGGUUGUUCCUGGUGCUGAUGAUAAGCCUAUGAUUGUAGUAACCUACAAAGGAGAGGAGAAACUGUUUUCAGCUGAGGAGAUCUCGUCAAUGGUGCUUACUAAGAUGAAGGAUAUUGCCGAGGUAUACCUUGGAUCUUCAGUCACCGAUGUUGUUGUGACCGUGCCUGCUUAUUUCAACGACUCUCAGCGUCAGGCCACCAAGGAUGCCGGAACCAUUGCCGGCCUUAAUGUUAUGAGGAUUAUCAAUGAGCCAACUGCUGCAGCCAUUGCAUACGGACUGGAUAAAGGGGGUGAUGUGGCGAAGAAUGUGCUGAUUUUCGACCUUGGCGGUGGGACGUUCGAUGUGUCUGUGGCCACGAUUGAGGCGGGUGUCAUUGAAGUAAAGGCUACUGCCGGAGAUACUCAUCUUGGAGGCCAAGACAUGGACAACAGGAUGGUGAAUCACUUCGUGAAAGAGUUUAAAAUCAAGACGGGUAAAGAUAUUAGUGGGAACUCAAGAGCUGUCAGGAGAUUGAAGAGUGCUUGUGAAAGAGCCAAGAGGAUCCUUUCCUCAACUUUGGAAGCCCGAAUUCAGAUUGAAUCAUUGUUUGAGGGGAUUGAUCUGUUUUCUACUAUUACUCGUGCUAAAUUCGAGGACCUUAACAUGGAUUUAUUCAGGAAGUGUAUGGAACUGGUUGAGAGUUGCCUGAGUGAUGCAAAGAUGGAGAAGAACAGUGUGGAUGAGGUGGUGCUGGUGGGCGGGUCGAGUAGGAUUCCCAAGGUCCAGAAGAUGUUGCAGGAGUUGUUCGGUGGAAAGGAGGUGUGCAAGACUAUUAAUCCAGACGAAGCCGUGGCAUAUGGUGCUGCAGUGUUGGCUACCAACUUGAGUGGUAAAGGAAAUGAUAAGCUCAUUCUUUUGGAUGUUACUCCGUUGUCUCUUGGUAUUGAAAUAAAUGAUGAUACUAUGUCAGUAUUUGUUCCAAGAAAUACACCAAUCCCAACAAGGAAGGAGAAAAUUCUCUACACGAUGUAUGACAAUCAGACCAGUGUGAAGUUUCCAGUCUACGAGGGUGAAAGGAUCAAGUCAAAAGAAAACAAUCUGCUAGGUGAAUUCACACUCCAAGACAUUCCACCAGCGCCCAGAGGUGUUGCUAAAUUCAAAGUGUGUAUGGAAAUUGAUGCGGAUGGGAUCAUGAAUGUGUCUGCGGAGCACAUAACGACUGGAAUGAAGAAGAACAUCACCAUCACCAAUGACAAGGGCAGGCUGUCUAAGGAAGAUAUUGAGAGAAUGAUUGGGGAUGCGGAGAAGUACAAGUUGGAGGAUGAGGAGUUUAGGAAGAAGGUUGAGGCUAGGUGUGCUUUGGAGGACUACGCCUACGACAUGAGGGACACCAUCAGAAGUUUAGCAAAGGUCACGGCAGUUGACAAGGAGAAGAUGGAGGAUGCUUUCGAGUCUUUCACGCAAUGGUUAAAGUCCAAUAAACAUGCAGAGAUUUAUGUUUUUAAAGACAAGAUGAAAGAGCUCCAGACUAUUUUCAAUCCCAUCAUCGCCUAG